GUUUUGUCUCGCCCAAAGGCGUCGGCUCGUUCUCGCCGCCAGCAGAGUGUAGCCACCGAAGAUGACAGCUCCACCAUCAAGACGGAAGACCAGGGAGCCAGUCGAAUGGAUGUUGACGACGACGAUGACGAAUCAUCAUGGGACUCGAACCUUAGGGACUCUGAGAGCGAGGAAGGUGAAACGCCGGAGAUGGAAGCACUGCGCAAGCAGGUGGCGGAGUUGACAUCAAUCGUCUCUGGCCUUGCUCAAACCAAGUCGUUUGACAGCAGUGAAGGUAGCAAGUCAAACCUUGCCGGCAAUCUGAAGAAGAAGAAGACGAAUCAAGGCAAUGCUUCAAGCAACUCCAUUGCCGGUGACAGCAAGGCUUCUCGUCGCAGCACUGGAACUCGUGGCACCCAAGCUCGAGAAGAGAAACGCAAGACCAGAGGAGGUGGUGGUGGAUCUGAUGAGUAUGCUGCGAAAAAGGUCCUUUGAAACGAGGCCAACAUGUUGUGGUGGCCAUCCCCUCUGUGCUACUGGUUGUUUAAGUGGCAAUUGGAUAGGCGUGUUGUUGAAGAGGUUGCAAGUGAUGAGGAGUUAGAUAACAAACAAACCUAGUAGGAGUAAACUUUAUUGGCA